AACGCGGGAGGUGAGUUUUCUGGGAGGGAGGAGCUGGCCGGCGGCGGCUGCCCCGAGGAGGUGGAGACACUGCUGAAGGAGGGGCUCAGGGCUGGGAUUUCGGGAGAGGAAGAUGCCAGCCACAGACCUUGUGAUGUUGAAGGCCUUUGAGCCUUACUUCGAGAUUUUGGAAGCAUAUUCCACUAAAGCCAAGAAUUAUGUCAAUGGACAUUGCACCAAAUAUGAGCCCUGGCAACUGAUUGCAUGGAGUGUUGCAUGGACCCUGUUGGUAGUCUGGGUGUAUGAGUUUGUUUUCCAGCCAGAGAGUUUAUGGUCAAGGUUUAAAAAGAAAUUCUUUAAAGUCAUCAGGAAGAUGCCAAUUACUGGUCGCAAGAUCCAAGAAAAGUUGAAUAAGGCCAAGGAGGAUAUCAGCAAGAACAUGUCAUUCUUGAAAGUGGACAAAGAGUAUGUGAAAGCUCUGCCCUCCCAGGGUUUGAGUGCACCUGCAGUUCUGGAGAAACUCAAGGAAUACAGCUCCAUGGAUGUCCUCUGGCAAGAAGGGAGAGCCUCGGGAACAGUGUACAGUGGGGAGCAGAAGCUCACAGAGCUGCUGGUGCAGGCUUAUGGAAAUUUUGCAUGGAGUAACCCACUGCAUCCAGAUGUCUUCCCAGGACUACGUAAGCUAGAAGCAGAAAUUGUGAGGAUGAGCUGCUCCCUGUUCAAUGGGGGCCCAGAUUGCUGUGGGUGUGUUACCUCUGGGGGAACAGAAAGCAUCCUGAUAGCCUGCAAAGCUUAUCGGGACCUGGCCUUAGAGAAGGGGAUCAAGACUCCAGAAAUUGUGGCUCCCCAAAGUGCCCAUGCCGCAUUUGACAAAGCAGCCUGUUACUUUGGGAUGAAGAUUGUACGGGUUCCACUGAACAAGAUGAUGGAGGUGGAUAUACGGGCGAUGAGAAGAGCCAUCUCCAGGAACACUGCUAUGCUCGUCUGCUCCACCCCACAGUUUCCUCAUGGUGUGAUAGAUCCUGUCUGCGAAGUGGCCAAGCUGGCUGUCAAAUACAAAAUACCCCUUCAUGUGGAUGCUUGUCUGGGGGGCUUCCUCAUUGUCUUUAUGGAGAAAGCAGGAUACCCACUGGACAAACCAUUUGACUUCCGGGUAAAAGGUGUGACCAGCAUUUCAGCUGAUACCCAUAAGUAUGGCUAUGCCCCGAAAGGCUCAUCAGUGCUGUUGUACAGUGACAAGAAGUAUAGGAGCUACCAGUUCUUCAUUGAGACAGAUUGGCAGGGUGGCAUCUACGCUUCCCCAACCAUUGCAGGCUCUCGCCCUGGUGGCAUUGUUGCAGCCUGUUGGGCCGCCUUGAUGUACUUCGGUGAGAACGGCUAUGUUGAAGCUACCAAACAGAUCAUCAAAACCACUCGCUUCCUCAAGUCAGAGCUAGAAAAUAUCAAAGGCAUCUUUGUUUUCGGGAAUCCCCAACUGUCAGUCAUUGCACUGGGCUCCCGGGACUUUGAUAUCUACCGACUGUCUAACUUGAUGACUGCUAAGGGGUGGAACCUGAACCAGUUGCAGUUCCCCCCCAGCAUUCAUUUCUGCAUCACGUUAGUGCAUACCCAGAAGCGAGUAGCAAUCCAGUUCCUAAAAGACAUCCGGGAAUCUGUCACUCAAAUCAUGAAGAACCCUAAAGCCAAGACCACAGGAAUGGGUGCCAUCUAUGGGAUGGCCCAGGCAGUUGUUGACAGGAAGUUGGUGGCAGACCUCUCCUCAAUGUACUUGGAUAGCCUGUACAGUACGGACACUAUAACUCAGAGCAACCAGAUGAAUGGCUCUCCAAAACCCCACUGAGCUUGGGCCCUUUUUGGUCCCAAGGGGCUUAUGGUCUUCAGAAGGUUCUUGGGAUAUGGAACAGGCCACACACAACUUUGACAUCUGGUCCUGCUCCACAGGGCACGAGAUUGAUCAUGUAACAGUUUCAACCUCAGGAUUUGGGUUCCUCUUUUGUUAACUUUGUGGGUUUUCAAUUGGAAGACCCAGAAGGAUUCUUCAUAGUAUAAUGAAUUUGCCCUUGUUAUAUAAACGUUGCCCUAGGAAUUAUUUGAGCCAUUUCUUUUUCUAACUUCUCUAGCUUUCAUCUCUAUUUAAUGGCCAUUCUGACUCGUCCUGAUCCCUUGGGAAAGCCAGGAGAUAGCAUAUGGGGAUCUUUGCUACCUCAGGCAGAUGUUUUGGUGGCCAGAUGGGAGGCAUUUUUGUAACUAUUGUUUCCCCAGGUGGGUAUUAAAUGUGUCCUGAGAAGGAGGCCAUUUUAGCCCUCUGUUUAUGAGUAAGUCAGUUGUCUCUUAGAAUCUCUUUCAUUGCCACUUGUUUCAUUUUUCCAGGACCCAGGUUGGCUAAGUGGUUGGUGCCUGUGGUGCAGGAUGAGCAACUGAGCACAUGGCUCAGUCUCCCAUGGCAUGGCUGGGAGUACUUCAGGCCCUGCUUCACCUUGGUUGCCACCAUCUUUGUAGAUGCUUGUUGGCAGAUAUGCCCAUUGCUUUGUUGUUCUUGUUGUGGAAUGGGAAAGGAAUGUGGUUUCCAGAGAAUUAAGGAUUUGCUGGAUGAGUAGUGGCAGUGGUCAUGCACAGC